AUGGCGGGGGCUAGGGCUGCCCUGCUGUCCCAGCUCCUGCUCUGGAGCCUGGCGCUGGCUGCAGGCGCGGGAGGUGGGGCUGCCCCCAGGGAGUUAUCUCAGCCUGCUGACAUCCAUGCUUACCAGCAGCAGGCACCUGCCCUCUUCUCAGCCCCUGUUGGUGGCUCCCAGGAGCAGUGGCACUCCCUGCAAAAGUGGCUUGGGCGACUGGAGGCUGUAGUGAUGGAGCUCAGAGAGCAGAACCAAGACCUACAAGUGAGGGUGCGGCGGCUGGAGGGCUGCAAGUGCCACCCUGCCUCUCCCCAGUGUUGGGGGCUGGGGCGCGCCUGGCCUGAGGGUGCCCACUGGGAGCCUGAUGCCUGCACAGCCUGUACCUGCCGCAAUGGGACUGCACACUGUGUUCCCCAGACCCACCUGCCCCAUUGCUGUGGCUGCAGCCACAAUGGUCAGACCUAUGGCAAUGGGGAGACCUUCUCUCCAGACCCCUGUACCACCUGCCACUGCCUGGCAGGGACUGUGCAGUGCCAGCAGCCCUCAUGCUCUGAGCUCAACUGCCUGGACAGCUACACACCACCUGGGGAGUGCUGCCCGGUCUGUUGUACAGAGGGUGUCUCACGCCGGGAGCAUGGCCAAGAGUGGACCUCACCUGGGGACCCCUGCCAGAUCUGCCAGUGCUUGGUGGGCCGCAUCCAGUGCCGCCAGCGGGAUUGCACUAGCCUGUGUCCAUACCCUGCCCGACCCCUUCCGGGCACCUGCUGCCCUGUGUGCGAUGGCUGUUUCCUAAAUGGGCGGGAGCAUCGCAGUGGGGAGCCUGUGGGCUCCAAGGACCCCUGCUUGCACUGCCGCUGUGCUAAUGGGAGCGUACAGUGUGAGCCUCUGCCCUGCCCACCCGUGCCCUGCAGACACCCAGGCAGGAUCCCUGGGCAGUGCUGCCCUGUCUGUGAUGGCUGUCAGUACCGGGGACACCAGUAUCAGAGCCAGGAGGCUUUCAGACUCCAAGAGAGUGGCCGCUGCCUGCGCUGCUCCUGCCAGGCUGGCGAGGUCUCCUGUGAGGAGCAGGAGUGCCCGGUCGCCCCCUGUCUCCCACCUACCUCCGGCCCCCAGCUCUGCCGAGCCUGUGUACUGGAUGGAGAGGAGUUUGCUGAGGGGGUCCAGUGGGAGCCUGAUGGUCAGCCCUGUACUUCCUGCUCUUGUCAAGAUGGGGAGCCUGUGUGCAGGGCUGUACUUUGCCCCCCAGCCCCCUGCCAGCACUCCACCCAGCCCCCUGGUGCCUGCUGCCCUAGCUGUGAGAGCUGCACCUACCACGGCCAAGUAUAUGCCAACGGGCAGAACUUCACAGACAUAGAUAGUGCCUGCCACACCUGCCACUGCAAGGAUGGGACUGUGAAGUGCUCCUUGAUCAACUGCCCUCCCACGACCUGUGCUAGGCCCCAGAGUGGACCCAGCCAGUGCUGCCCCAGGUGCCCAGACUGCAUCCUGGAGAAACAGGUGUUUGUGGAUGGUGAGAACUUCUCCCACCCUGGAGACCCCUGCAAAGAAUGCCAAUGCCAAGAAGGCCAUGCCCACUGCCGGCCUCGUGCCUGCCCCAGGCCCCUAUGUGCCCACCCGCUGCCUGGAACCUGCUGCAAGAACGACUGUAGUGGCUGUGCCUUCGGAGGGAAAGAGUACCCCAACGGAGCAGACUUCCCUCACCCCACUGACCCAUGCCGUUUGUGUCGCUGUCUGAGCGGCAAUGUGCAGUGCCUGGCCCGCCGCUGCCGGCCGCUGCCCUGUCUGGAGCCACUCCUGCUGCCAGGAGAGUGCUGCCCGCAGUGCCCAGCCGCCUCUCCUGCUGCCAGUUGCCUGCUGCCAGGUGGCGCGGUUCCUGCCCACCACCAGGAGCACAUUUCCCCGCCCGGCGAACCCUGCCGCCGCUGCUUCUGCCUUGACGGUGCUGUGUCCUGCCAGCGGCUGCCCUGCCCGCCCACUCGCUGCGCUCACCCUCGCCAGGGGCCCUGCUGCCCCUCCUGCGACGGCUGUCUGUACCAGGGGAAGGAGUUUGCCAGUGGGGAGCGCUUCCCAUCACCCACCGCUGCCUGCCACCUCUGUCUCUGCUGGGAGGGCAGCGUGAGCUGCGAACGCCGGGCUUGUGCCCCCACGCAGUGCCCCUUCCCUGCCAGGGAUGACUGCUGCCCUGCCUGUGAUGGCUGUGAGUACCUGGGGGAAUCCUAUCUGAGCAACCAGGAGUUCCUGGAUCCCCAAGAACCCUGCAAUCUAUGUACCUGCCUUGGAGGCUUCGUGACCUGUAGACGUCGGCCCUGUGAGCCUCUGGGCUGCAGCCACCCACUCACCCCAUCUGGGCACUGCUGCCCGACCUGCCAGGGAUGUCUCUACCAUGGUGUCACUGCUGCUUCUGGAGAGACCCUUCCUGACCCACGUGACCCUGCCUGUUCCCUUUGCACCUGCCAGGAAGGCUCCAUGCACUGCCAGAAGAAGCCAUGUCCACCAGCUCUCUGCCCUCACCCCUCUCCAGGCCCCUGCUUCUGUCCUGUGUGCCACAGUUGCCUCUCCCAGGGCCAAGAGUACCAGGAUGGGGAGGAAUUUGAAGGGCCUGCAGGCAGCUGUGAACGGUGUCACUGUCAGGCCGGCCAGGUUAGUUGUGUGCGGCUGCGGUGCCCACCCCUGCCCUGCCUGCUCCAGGUCACAGAGCAAGGGAGCUGCUGCCCUCGCUGCAGAGGCUGCCUGGUUCAUGGGGUUGAGCACCGUGAAGGCAGUAGCUGGGUAUCCCCGGACAGCCCCUGCUCCUCCUGCGUGUGUCACCAUGGUGUUGUCACCUGCGCCCACAUCCAGUGUGUCAGCUCCUGUGCCCAGCCCCAUCAGGGGCCCAAUGACUGCUGCCCUCGAUGCUCUGAUUGUGAGCACCAGGGGCGGAAGUAUGAGCCUGGAGAGAGCUUCCAACCUGGGUUGGACCCCUGUGAAGUAUGCCUCUGUGAGCUGCAGCCUGGGGGGUCUCCCAGCCUUCGCUGUCACCGGCGGCAGUGCCCAAGCCUGGUGGGCUGUCCCCCCAGCCAACUUCUGCCCCCUGGGCCCCAGCACUGCUGCCCCACCUGUGCCCAGGCUUUGAGUAAUUGCUCAGAUGACCUGCUGAGGUCAGAGAUCGUCUCCCCAGACCCCUGCUACACUUGCCAGUGCCAGGAUCUAACAUGGCUCUGCACUCACCGGGCCUGUCCUGAGCUCAGCUGUCCCCUGCUGGAGCACCACACUCCCCCGGGGAGUUGCUGCCCCAUAUGCCAGGCCCCCACCCAGUCGUGCGUGCAUCAGGGCCGUGAAGUGGCCUCUGGGGAGCGCUGGGCUGCGGACGCCUGCACCAGCUGCUCCUGCGUGGCCGGCACCGUGCGCUGCCAGAGCCAGCGCUGCCAGCCGCUCUCCUGUGGCCCCGACCAGGCCCCCGCCCUGAGUCCCGGCAGCUGCUGUCCCCGCUGCCUGCCCCGGCCCGCUUCCUGCAUGGCCUUUGGAGACCCGCAUUACCGCACCUUCGACGGUCGCCUGCUGCACUUCCAGGGCAGCUGCCGCUACGUGCUGGCCAAGGACUGCCGUAGCGGGGACUUCAGCGUGCAUGUGAUCAACGACAACCGAGGCCGUAUAGGUGUGUCCUGGACCCAAGAGGUGGCAGUGCUUCUGGGAGACGUGAAGGUACAGCUGCUGCAGGGCAGAGUGGUCACGGUGGACGGUCGCCCGGUGGCCUUGCCCUUCCUGCAGGAGCCACUGCUGUACGUGGAGCUGCAGGGACGUGCAGUGAUCCUGCAUGCCCAGCCUGGGCUCCAGGUGCUGUGGGAUGGGCAAUCCCAGGUGGAAGUGAGGGUGCCCGGCUCCUACCGGGGCCAGACUUGUGGGCUCUGUGGGAACUUCAAUGGCUUUGCCCAGGAUGAUCUGCAGGGCCCUGAGGGGCUGCUCCUGCCCACAGAGGCUGCCUUUGGGAAUAGUUGGCAGGUCCCAGAGGAGACAAGGCCCAGCCGGCCCUGUUCCCCAGGCCGAGAGGUAGAUCCGUGCCGAGCAGCAGGUUACCGUGUCAGACGUGAGGCCAAUGCCCGGUGUGGGGUGCUGAAGUCUUCCCCGUUCAGUCGCUGCCAUGCUGUGGUGCCACCAGAGCCCUUCUUUGCUGCCUGCGUGUAUGACCUAUGUGCUUGUGGCCCUGGCUCCUCAGCUGACACCUGCCUCUGUGAUGCCCUAGAAGCCUAUGCCAGUCACUGUCGCCAGGCAGGGGUGACACCUGCAUGGCGGGGUCCCACCCUCUGUGCUGUGGGAUGUCCCCUGGACCGUGGCUUCGUGUUUGAUGAAUGUGGCCCUCCCUGUCCCCGCACCUGCUUCAACCAGCAUGUCCCUCUGGGAGAGCUGGCUGCCCACUGCGUGAGGCCCUGUGUUCCUGGCUGCCAGUGCCCUGCAGGCCUGGUGGAGCAUGAGGCCCACUGUAUCCCACCUGAGGCCUGCCCCCCAGUCCUGAUUGCUGGGGAAAAGCCACUCAGUGCUCUGCCCAGACCCAGCUGGGAGCCAUGAGGGACACCCUGAGCCAGGAUGACACCUGACCAGGACUCAUCAGACCAGAAGUCUCUCCCUGGCUUGCAGCUCCCAUCCUGGUCAGGGCUGUGGAGAGAGUGCCCGACCUGGGCCCAUGUCCUGCAAACACCUCAGCAAUGUUGAGCCACAAGCAGUAAACUCUGGGCCUGCCAGAA